AUGAGGAGAGCGCGGGGGAGGAGGGGCGGCCGCAACCACAUCCGGGACCUCGCCCCGCCCCGCCCCCCCCCCUUCCCCACGCUCGCUUGCUGCCCAUUGGCUCGCCGCGCGGGCCCUCCUUUAAAAUAUGGCCGCGCCGCUGGCCCGGGGGCGGUCCUUGCCCCGCGCCUGCGCAACGAGCCCCCUCGGCCCGGACGGGCUUUCCCCGGCGGUCCUCGCCGCCCCUCCCGUCAGCCCGCUCCCAGCGGGCCCCACGCGGGUGGGAGCACGAGACCGGGGAGGGCGGGCCCGGAGAGGGGUGGGCAUCGGGCAGGCGGAGCGCGUGCGCCGGCCCCGCCCAGCCGAGCCCCGCAGCCUCAGUUUCCCGUCUGCAGAAGAGUGCUUGGCCGGCUGUCCCUGUCCUGGGCCCGAGGCCGCGGGGCCGGGAGCUGCCCCGGGCCGAGGAGCGCCUGCUCGCGGGGCCUGUGGGGUCGUUCCGCGUCCCCUGAAACAGAUGCCCGGCGGCCCCCGGGCCUCAGAGCCCCGCCCGGCCGCCUGCCCGCUGCCCCGGCCCCCGCGCGGAGGCCCAGCUGACCUCCGCGUGCUCAGACCCGCGCUGCGUGCGGCGCGCUCCGCUCGGGCAGGGCUGGCGAGCAGGCACGCGCCUGCCCUUUGUCUCCCUCGCCCUCUUGACCGGGCAUCUCAGGUCAGGGACCAAGAUUGGCUGGGUCCUAGAAAAAACUUGGUGGGUCUUGUACAACAUUUUAUAAAAAUGAAACAGAUGAAAUAUCUGAGGGCUUUCCACGUAUUUACCCUGUGAAACAUUUUACCUACCGAAGGGUAUAUUUAAGGCUCUGCGUGUGUGUAUAUAUGUAUUUUUUUUUAAUCGGGUAUGUGGUCAAGACGUAAAAUGUGUUUCUUAACUGUGAAUGCCAGACAAAAAAGUGAAAGCCACUGCAGAGAGAACUUACCCACCAUGCAAAACAGGCGUUCUGGUUACUGCCGGUCCUGCAGAGGAGGACGAGCCUGUGCAUUGGCAGGCCAGUUGCAGGCUGGGCAGACUCCUGCCCUUAGUGAAACCCCGGGUUCCACCAGCA